UUUAAUUUGGUAACAGGUAGCCGUGCUUCCGGUUGGUUUGAGUGGAACUUGAUGCGGUUGUGUUGAACUGUUAGGUUGUGUCAAUAAGUUAAAAAGGUGGACGACACCAAUAAUGAGAGGCCCUCGCAGUACUUGAAGAGGCAAAAAGGUGUGGGAAAUACAAUGAAGGGUGAAGGAAGGCAUAAGGAGCCACCUGUUGUACGGGAGGUCACUGGAAAGCGGCCGAAACGUAAAUGCCUGCAGUGGCAUCCACUGCUCUCUAAAAAGGCACUGGAUUUCUCUGAGGAGGAGGAGGAGGAAGAAGAAGACGAAGAGGAGCUGAAGAAGCAGCCGCUGCUGUGUGACCAGGAACUGGUGUCUCCAGCCCAGUGCGGAGGCACACCAGAGGAAGAGGAAGAGGACUCAAAUGAGCAGCGGGCUCGCAGGCCAAUGAAUGCCUUUCUUCUUUUCUGUAAACGCCAUCGCUCCCUGGUGCGACACGAACAUCCUCGGUUGGACAAUCGUGGGGCCACCAAGAUCCUGGCUGACUGGUGGGCCGUGUUGGAACCCACGGAGAAGCAGAAAUACACUGACAUGGCCAAGGAGUACAAAGAGGCCUUCAUGAAGGCAAACCCGGGCUAUAAAUGGUGUCCUACCACCAGCAAACCGGUUAAGAGUCCUUCAUGUCAAACAGUUUGUAAUCCUCGCAAAAAAGUGUGGUCCUGCGCUUCAAACGCAUCCAAGGACUCGCCUGCUGCCAAAAACAUACCCAAAACUGAUGUCCCACAACUGAACUUUGCUAUGGCUGAUCCUACAAAGAUGGGAGGCCUCAGCAUGCUGCUGUUAGCCGGCGAACACGCCCUUUCAAACAGAGAGUCAUCUGUACCUGCGACGUCUGACAGAAAAGCAUGCGGACAGUCGGCUCUCUUUCAGCUUGCAGAGAUGUGUUUAGCAUCCGAAGCUGGCAAGAUGGAAGCAGUGACUUCUCAGCCAGGAAACGGAUCAUCCACCGCUUCUUUCCAACAAACAAAGGAAAAGCUUUCGAUAAAAGAGGAGAAUUUGGACACUGCUGGUUGCCGCGUCUCCUCUAACAUGAUAUCACCUUCCCCCUCUGCUACUUUGACUAAGAACAUUUCCUCCGAACUUAGCCAAAGUCAAUGUGUCAAAAAGAAGAACACGAAAGACAAGACGAAAGACGAGGUUGAAUUCAAUGACAGUCACGAAACUCUAUGUUCCGCCAAAAAAGUUCUCAAAAAGCAUAGCGAUGCAGAGUUAAAUGUGGAUAAUGUCGCUUGUGAAACUGAAACAGUGGCUCAAGGUCUGUGGAGGGAUUUGGAGGAUCCCAGGUCAAAAAUCCAGAAUGUCUCUGGUGGGUCUUGCUCGCCUAAGAAGAAGAAUAAGCCCAAAAUUAAGACUGUCAAAGACCGAGAGGAGAUGGAUGACGAGAGUAUUUACAGUCCUAAGACAGAAACCGAAGAAACAAGUAUAGGAAGCACACAAGUUCAGCGCAGCACGGAGAAAUGCCAAGACGUCCCCUCCGGUGCGUCGCCUUUGAGGCUCAAAGAAGACAACGACAGGAGCGAGAGGCCCGUUGAAGCAGAGUCCAUCCCAGAGAUCCGCGGUGCAAGGAAAUCUGAGAGGACCUGUAAAGGUGCCUUGUACAAGACCCUUGUUUCUGAAGGAAUGCUGACCUCGCUGAGGGCCAAUCUCGACCGUGGUAAAAGAGGUGCAUUUCGUGCUUCUGAACACGAAGCAAACUGGGGCGAUGAUAGCUGGACAGUUCCCCAAAUGGCACCUAACAACACCAAGAGACUGAAAAAGGCAAAGUCCAAAGAUGACUCUUCACAGGGACAACUUGAAGAAGAAUUUGAAAAGAAAUUCAACAGCCUCCCGCAGUAUGAUCCAAAUAUAUUUGAUAAGAAGGGGUCUGUUGUCACAAAGAGGAAGAAGAUGGAUUGCUCCUCUGUCCAGGAGGAAACUUCCUGUUCAAAAACAGGCAAAGGACCAUCACAGAAAAAGACUUCAUUCCACAAGAUUGUUAGGAAGCACAAACACUCAAAGAAGAAAGCAGCAGUGGGACAGAAGGAUUCCACCAUAUCGACUUGCGCUUCAAAAGACAAAUCAUGUGCCCCCAAUGCCAUAAUGUGCCCAGACGUGCAGGGCACCACCUGUGUGGACAUGCUGGUCGGUAGCCAGAAGAGGAAGGCAAGGAAGACAAAGAUCACUCACUUGCUGCGUAUGACGAACGGCAGUGUAUCUCAGCCUGAGGAUGACAAAAUGAUGGAUCUAAACCAGGUGCAGGAGAAGAAGCCAUUACCCCAACUGACUGUAUGCCAUGAACAAGGAUACUACAGUGAUUCCAGACCAGUGGAGAUGGGCACUGGAACUCAGGAGCUACCUGCUUUCUUCAGUCUAGCUGCACUUGCUGAAGUAGCGGCCAUGGAAAAUGUUCACAGAGGCCAGAAGGGCUUAGCUGAGAGUCAGAAGAGAGAGCUAUCCCAAGCUCCUGUCCUCAUCUUUUGCGCUGAUCAGUGAAACUUUGCUGCUGUCGAGGAAAAGCUACGUGGACCAUGGCAGCAUUUUGUUUUUUUUGUUUGUUUGUUUGUUUGUGUGUGGCAAGCUCGCUUUACAGGAAUUCAGUACGUGAAUUCCGUUGAGAUCUGGUUCCUUGGUGGAGGAAAGUGACCCUGUCGGUUUUUUUUUUUCUUCCCCAACCUUGUUCCGCUCUUUGUGGUCCCUGAAAGCCUUUGGAAAGAGGUAGAAUGCUUUUCCUCUUCCCCCUUUAGAUACUGUAACUGGGUCUGCCGAAGAGCCGCGCUGUACUGUAUGUUGGUUACAUGAAGAGAUUAUUGUCAGGGUUUUACUUUUACAGUGGCCUUUUAUGAGGGUCAAAGGUUGCUUUUUAAACGUAAUGCAAGUUUUAAAAAAAAAAAAAAAAACAGAAAAGGCCAAGGUUUUCGGAACCUCUUUACCUCACGCAAAACCUUUGAUAGAAUGAGAUGUCCCAUCAAAUGCUACUGUUCUAGGCUUUAACUCUAAAUCCUGUUACUUUAGUUUUGGCUGUAGUACACUAAUAUGAUGUACUUUAAAUAUGAAGGAGACUAAUGUAUGGCAUGUACAUACUGUAAAACAGUAUGCCGUCACUAUAAAGAAUUGACUUUUUUAAAUGAAUACACCUGCACGUAUUGUGUGCAUUUGAAGUAGAGUUAUUUAUGGUGGAAGGUUUUGGGCUCCUCCUGUUCCCCUUAUCCCGUCAACAUAGCCUACUUACAGUAGAGACAGUAGGCCAGUACCUGAAUGACCUGCUUGUGAGGCAAAAAGUGAUAUUAUAGCUUUAAAGCUCAUAUUCACUAUGUUCCCUAGUGUUUUUUUUUUGCAAUGCAGGGUUUGUGUAAACAUUUUUGAAUGGCGGAAUGCAUAUUUUUGUCAAUAUUUCACAUUAUUCCACUUUGCGUAGCAUUUAGAGAGACAAAUCAAUAGUGUGUAUAUUUACAAUUAGCGUAAUUGUCGGUUGUUUAUCAUAUAAACCUUGCACUAAUCUGUCGCUGCAGGUAAUCUUGAAAAAAAGGGUUAUGAAAUCCCUGGUCUAAACCAGACAGUGUUUGUAUGCCACAUCCUGUCUCAGAAUGACUGAAUACGUAAUACUUGCUUCAACAUUAUACACCGGUGGAUACUUUGUAUUGAAAUGUUUUAUACUUGGUGGAAAAGAAAAAAACAUGGACCAGCUGUAUCAAAAUUCUUUAUGUGAUAAGUUGUCACUCUCUUAUGUUAUUGUGUACGCCAAACAUCACAUUUCAUUGAAAAAAAAAAAAAGCUAGUAUUGGGCAAGUUAUUUUUAAAAAGUAAUUUACUUAUAGUUACAACUUACUUUCCGAUAACAAAUUUACAGUAAACCUCGGAUAUAUCGGAAAUUCGCUCACAACGGACAAAUAAAAAAGAACCAAUUUUUCUGUAAUGCAUUUCCAAUAAAAAUUCAUUGCAUAUAUCGGAUUUUUUAUAACGGAUUUCGCCUAUUUCAGACAAAAUCUCCAGUCCCGUUCCAAUGCAUUUCCAUUAAAUUUCCCUCGCAUAUAUCGGAUGGCCGCAUCGUGGCGCUCCGAUUUGCCAAAUCGUGACAGGCCGCUAUACGACGUCAUUUGCAGCGUUGCCUGCGCGUCCAGGUACAUUGGAAACAUAGUCAAGGAAGUGCCUUUUUAUAACGGAUAAAAUCCGAUUUACGCAUAUACCGGAUAUAAAUCCGAUGUAUGCGUAAAACUGACAUUUUCCGGUAUACGCAUAUAACGGAUUUCGCUCAUAUCGGACAAAACCAGUGGGAACAAUUGAAUCCGAUACAUCCGAGGUUUACUGUACUUAAUCACCAGGCAAAGUAGCUAGUUAAAGUUUGAUAGCGAUAAUUCUUGUUGACUAGCUGUUUAGCUUCCUGUGUAGUCGUAGUGGACAACAGCGGCGACAUCCAGGCACAUAUCCGUGCAUAGUAAUGCACCGCAUUUCACUGUCAAUAACUGAUGGCAUUGAUAAAACUAUACUGGAAAUCGGUAACUGCGUUAUUUUUAUUGAUUAUGGCCCAUAUUUAUUCCAUGCAUCCGUCCAGUUUCUAUCGCUUAUUCCGUUCAGCAUCACAGGGAUGCUGGAGCCUAUACAUGGCGGACUACACAGUGGACUGGUAACCAGGACACACAUAGAGACAGACAACCAUUCACACUCACAUUCACACCCUCACUGAGUGGGUACCGAACACACACCCCCUUCCCCCCGUCCCGUCCCUGCACAGAAGUCAGGUGACUCAACCACUACACCUUCUGUACAUCCCAGUUUGUAGUUUUUGUUUUGUACUUUCGACUUUUUCUUUUCAUUCAUCGUGCAUCAUUCCAUGUCUGCGCUGAAAUAUCGGGCGUAUACAGUACAUCGAAAAAUCACUGAGCUGCAGAAUUGUCGUCUUCCCAAGAGUUGUUACAGCCUGAAAGAGCUUUUUCACUCCCUAGCAAUACUCCUCACUCACGUACCCGUUUGCUCAUUUCUUUAGGCCCGAUACGUUGUAAUUGAACACAUUUUUGAUUCAGUCCCAUGUAAACGCUUAUAACGCUUUUAUCGACUGUGUGUAUUUGCAUUUAUAACUACAGUAGUUUAUUUGCUUGGAACUAAAGUACUUUUCCUCCGGUCACGUUUACUACUUCAUGAAGAUUGUCACAAAAGGUCAAGCUUAAAGUUUUAAAUGCUUUGUUUUGUAUAAAGCUUGAAGUUGCACUUCCCAGAAUCUGCCCAUAAAAUCUCAUAUACUAUGUGUAAGGUUUCAAAUAGGUUAAUUACUUCAUUCGGAUAUAUUGUGUGUUUUAGAUACUGUGUACAGAAUAUAUGUGUGUGUGUGUUCUUACAAAGACAUUCCAGAAUUUUAUUGGUUAUUUUUGAGAGGAAAACCCCAACAAAACAACCAGAAAACAAAAAAUGACCCAAAGGUUAUUGUAUCUGAGUGAGAUAAAUAUUAGAGAAAACCAAGCGAAUUUUAGCCCCGAAUCUCUCCAAAUCUUGAAGGUUUUGAGGCUGUCGCUUGGCAACUUGAAGUUUCAGCUCCAUCCACAGAUUUUCAAGUCUUACAAGCCACGCCAAGGGUCUUAAUGUUCUUCAUUUUAAGCCACUCCUUUGAUGCCUUAGCUGUAUUUUGGAUCAAUGUCAUGCUUAGAAGAUCCAUAUACGACCCAUCGUUUAGUGUUCUGGCUUAGCCCAGGAGCUUCUCAUUCAGUAUUCUACAGCACUUGGUCCCCUUAAUGUUCCACCGAUAAUAAGUAAAUAUUUACUUCUAUAAAGUGAAUUUGUUUUCAAAUUGCCAAAGAAAAGGGAAUAUUAAAAUGGUAAUUAAUUUUGAGAAAGCAAUGUUUUUUUUCUAAAUAUAUAAAUCUGCAGGCAGGUAUCGCUAUCGCUCUUUCCAUUCGAAUGGGAAUCCUUCAGUUUUUGAUGUAAAAGGGCACCACUGAAUGCUUCUUGUAAUGUACAGUAUUUGCACCUUAUACCCAACCCAAAUAUCAAUACGGUGAAGUAAGUAUAUAAUUUUACCUACUCUAUAGAAAUUGUGCAUAUAAGUAUUAUACUUCAAAAAAAAAUAGCCAUAAACUCUUAUAAAGCCUUCUCCUCGCAUUUUAUAUGUAGAAAACAAGUUUAUAUAAAGUCGGAAAUUACUAUAUUAAUGACCUGAGAUAACUAAAUGACCCUUUUGUGCUAGUACUGUCUUCUUGAAUGUAGUCAUUUUUACCUGUAUUUUUGUAAUUCAAUCUUGAUUGUACUGUGCUAUUCUAUGAAGGUGUACCGAUCGGAGGAGGGUGGUGUAGUUUGACAAGCAACAUUUCUUGCAGCCAGAUAACUGCAGAGGUUUGAAGUCAGUGGCGGAGGUGUAAAGAGGGGCUCAAUCACACUGUGUGUGUGCGUGCAUGCGUUGCUUUCAUGUUUUUGUUUUUUUUUCCUUUUGCAGUACAAAUGAAGUUGGUUCAGGUCGGUUUGUAUGGCAGUGACACGUCUGCAAUUAGAAUACCAAUGCUUGAGUGCAACAUUAUUUAUUACUGCUUUUUAUAGUUUAGUAUGAUUAUAUGAUUCUCAAUCUAGAUAUAUAUAUAUAUCUAUAUACAUUAACAGAGACAUGAACAGUCCAUUUUAUGGUAGAUUUAUUUUACUUGAGAGUCGUAUAUCAACAAAAAUGCAGAUAAAAAUUAUGAAUUAAUUUUGUAUUUGAGCAAUGUAAUUGAUCCUCGAGCAAAAUAUACAACACAACUGAACACAAAAUGCAGUUUUUAAAUGAAAGCUUAUUUUUAAGGAAGAAAAAAAAAACCUACACGUCUCUAUAUGCCCUAAAUCCAUUAGAAAAUCCAUAGAAAAUCCAUUUCUAAAGCUUUGGGACUCUAGCUAACCACAGCCAGAGCCAUUAUCCACAAAUGGCAAAAACAUGGAACAGUGGUGAACCUUCCCAUGAGUGGCCGGGCCAAACAAAAAGAACCCAAAAUCGCAGUUAUCCAAGAGGUCGCAAAAGACCCCACAACAACAUUCAAAGAACAACAGACCUCACUUGCUUUAGUUAAGGGUAAUGUUGACGAUAACCACUGCUGGACAAAAAAAAAUUAAGGCUCAUCUCAAUUUUGCCAGAAAACAUCUUCAUGAUCCCCAAGACCUUUGGGAAAAUACUAUGUGGUAAAACACGGUGGUGGUGGUGUAAUAGCCCGGGGCUGUUUUGCUGCAAACAAUUCUGCAAAGCUGAGUGGGCCAAAAUUCCCUCACAGCACUCUAAGAGACUCAUUGCAAGUUAUUGGAAAUGCUUGAUUGCAGUUGUUGCUGCUAAGGGUGGCCCAAGCAGUUAUUAGCUUUAGUGGGCAAUCACUUUUUUGUACACAGAGCUAUGUAGGUUUAGAUUUUUUUUUGUUUCUCCGUUAAUAAUAACUUUCAUUUUAAAACUGCAUUUUGUGUUCAGUUGUGUUGUCAUUCACUAAUAUUUAAAUGAUUGUUUGAUCUGAAACAUUUUAGUGUGACAAAAAUGAAAAAAAAUAGAUAAAACACCACUUUAUGUAUAAUAUGCCAACUAUUUUUCAUUUAAAUAAGAUAAUAAGGGACAGACACUCUUGACUACCUGUGUCGUCAUCACAUCACUAACCCAAGAAAGAGUGACGGAUAUUUCCAUUUUAUAAGUAUCGAUAUUUAUAAGAUAAGAGGCUUUAUUUAUCCCACAUUGGGGAAAUUCUACGGUUGCAGUAUAAAAUGUAUAUACAGCAUGAACAGGACAAAAGUGAACAUGACUUUAGUGAAAAUGGAAUGAAAGCGUAAAGAAGUAAUACAAAUAAACGUAGGAAUAGUAAAUAACACAUAUUGCGUAACACAAUACACAUAUUCUAGUAUUCACAAGUAUGUGUUGUAAAGUCUUCUGGCUGUGGGGGAGGUACAGGUUAAUGGUAACACUCCUUCCUUGUUUCUUUGUCAUUACAGGCCAUACCUGUACUGUUGUGUGUUUAAGGUUGCAUAAAUAAACCUGACCAUAAGUAAACAAGACUAUUUCAUUUUGAAAGUUUUUUUUUUUUUUUCAAAUGUAAAAUUGGAGAAAACAUUUGUAAAUUGUACCUGUGACACAUAGCAUGAAUAAAAUGUUAUGUUCAGUAUAUAAUAGUUGAUGUACAUGAGGUGGUCUCCAAUUGGAUGGCUGAUGACCGAGUGACCGACUGAUCAGUCGGUAACUGUUGAUUCAGUCUGACUCCGGUUCUAAAGUUAUUCACAUGAUACGAUCUGGGAUUUAUAACAUAAUAUAUGUCAAUAUGCUCGAUAAAUGACAUCCCAUACCACCUCCAUAUACGGGGCUAAAACCUGAGUGUGUGUUUUUCCUUUUUUGGUGUGAUGCCAGAUCUGUCUUUCUACUAGUUUUAAAAAAAAAAGUGUUUUAUCUACUUGUUAUUGUUUAUUUUCCUGACUGAACUAUUUCUGAUGAUCAAUUGAUAAUGCAGCCUUGCCUUACUUAACCUUGCUUAUCAAUGAAUCUGGCAACCUUUCUCCCUUUUACCCAAGCUCACAAUUCCUACGUCAUAACACUGUUUGCUGAUGCAUUUGUUCCUUUUAACACUUUCUGCUGACACAACUAUUACUUGUUUAACACUUAUUAAAAUGACAUCUGUUGUA